AUGGGGUUCGGAGAUUACCAGAUCGGCAGAAACUUUGAUAUCAUUGCUGACUGUCUCCUCUCUGACCAGGAUGAGCUGGCAGUGUUCUGUGGCAAGGAGAGCACCGACACGGAGCAGGUCCCUGGCGAUGACGUCAUCACAUCUGUUGGGAACGCGCUCAGUGUGGUCUUCCGCUCGGACUUCUCCAAUGAGGAGCGCUACUCUGGGUUUGAGGCUCAUUACAGCGCAAUGGAUGUAGACGAGUGCAGUGACAGGAAUGAUGAGGACCUGGCUUGUGAUCACCUCUGUCACAACUACAUCGGCGGCUACUACUGCUCCUGUCGCUAUGGUUACCUGCUGCACUCGGACAACCGCACGUGUAAAGUGGAGUGCAGUGAUGGUGUGUACACAGAGCGGACAGGUGUAAUCUCGAGCUCCGACUUCCCCCAGCCGUACCCUAAAAGCUCGGACUGCCUUUACCGCAUCCAGCUGGAGGAGGGCUUCCUCAUCGCGCUCGACUUCCACGACACCUUCGACAUCGAGGACCACCCCGAGGUCACCUGUCCUUACGACUACCUCAAGAUCCAGGUGGGUCAGAGGACUUUGGGUCCCUUUUGUGGGGACCGCUCACCUGGCCGUAUUCAGACAGGAAGCAGCAGUGUGACCACUUUCCACAGCGACAACUCUGGAGAGAACCUUGGCUGGAAGCUCACCUACUCCGCCGCAGGAAGUGAGUGUCCUGUGCCUAUGGUGCCCUCAUUUGGUCACUUGGAGCCAUUGCAACCAAAGUAUAGUUUCAAAGACCAUGUGCUGGUGACAUGUGACACUGGCUAUGUGCUUUUCAAGGAUGGAGAGGUGAUGGAGCACCAUCAGAUGGACUGCCUGCAGGAUGGAACCUGGAGCAGUGAAGUCCCACCCUGCACACUGAUAGACUGUGGUCCUCCAGAGGAGAUCGUGAAGGGAGAGGUGGUGUUCGACGGCCCAGAUAACAGUACUCUCUUUGGGGCCAGCUUCCAGUACCGAUGCCUGGAAGACCCACAGAGCACCAUCCCAACUCCACCCGAUGCCAUCCCAACUCCACCUGAUGCCAUCCCAACUCCACCCGAUGCCACCCCAACCCCACCCAACUCUAUCCUAACUCCACCCACCACUCCUCCAGCAAAUAACAGUACCUACAUCACGAGGCCUGUAUCUAACGGUACAUAUGUGUGUGGAGAGAGAGGAAAGUGGACUAACGUUGAGCUAGGCACCAAACUCCCGUCUUGUCUCCCAGCCUGCGGUGAGCCCUCUCAGCCCCUCCCGUCUCACGUGCGGCGUAUCGUUGGCGGUCGUGUGGCGUCGGCGGGCCAGUUCCCAUGGCAGGCGCGCCUGUCGGUGGAGGACUCGUCUCGAGUGCCCGAGGGCCGCUGGUUCGGCAGCGGGGCGCUCCUCUCGGCCUCCUGGGUGGUGACGGCGGCGCACGUGCUGCGCUCCCCCCGCCGCGACCCCUCCGUGGUGCCCGUGUCCCCCGGCAGCGUGCGCGUGCACCUGGGCCUGGCCGACCUCCGGCGCCCCCCGGUGGCCUCCGCCGGACACGCCGUGCAGCGCCUGCUGCUGCACCCGCGCUUCGACCCGCGCAACUACAACCACGACAUCGCCUUGCUCCGUCUCGCCCAACCUGCCCACUACACCCCGCUGGUCCGGCCCGUCUGCCUGCCCCUGCCCUGGGCCGAGGGACAGCCGCCGGCCCCCCCACCGAACACACUGGGCCUGGUCGCUGGCUGGGGGGUGAUGGCAGCCAAUGGGUCUGCGGACUCCGCAGUGCAGGGGGUCGUGGCUGGGGAGGUGGAGGGUGAAGGUGGGGUGUCGGACGUGCUGCGCUACGUGAAGCUGCCGGUGGUCGAGCGGUCGGAGUGCGAAGGCAGCUACGCCUCGCGCUCGCGCAGCUACAACAUCACCAGCGGCAUGUUCUGCGCAGGCUUUUACGAGGGCGGCCGCGACACCUGCCAGGGCGACAGUGGCGGGGCGUUCGUCACGCAGGACCCUCGCACGGGACGCUGGGUGGUCCAGGGCCUGGUGUCGUGGGGCGGACCCGAGGAGUGCGGCUCCAGGAGGGUGUACGGCGUCUACACGCGCGUGGCCAAGUACGCCCACUGGCUGCACUCACACAUGGACACGGACCGCUGGUGGUGACCCUAAGGUGCGGCUCAAUCCCGGACAUACGCGGGCAUUGUCGAAUGGGCACAGUCAUACUGGCACAGUGACACGGGCACAGCCACACGGACAUCAACCACACGGACACGGUUACACUGGCAUGGUCACAGUCACACAGACAUCAGUCACACAGGAACAGUCACACGGGCACAUGGUACAGUCACAUGGACAUCAGUCACAGGGACACCAGUCACAUGGACACAGCUAAGCUAUUGAACCCAUGUGGAAUUUAACUGAAACAAGUUUGCAGCCAACUCAGAUCAGAGCAGAUCUCAUGUCUUGUUUGUGGGUUUUUGUAACUUUCUCAGAGUAAAAACAUAUUGUCUCAUAUUGGGCAUUUGCUUUCUUUAACAAGCUUUGCAGUUUGGACACUGUCUCCUUCAUAUUUUGUUUCAUAUCAUUUGCACAAAGGUGCAGAUCAGGGUAGAAUAAGAAAACGUGUUCAGUGUAGACUCGGAAAAGCCAUUAAUAUUGGGCUAUACUGUCAUAUGAAUUAGCCUUGCUAAGAAUAUCGACAAAUGGGACACUACACUUUAGUUAUCCAAUGUGCACAUCUAAUCCAAAGAGUAGUGUUAAAUGUAUUGAUAUACUGUAGUACCAUUUUAAUAGUAAAAUACACUGUUCUACUCUUUGUAAUGUAUAAUUCACUCACUCAUUCAAUCAAUCUUUUGUUUGGACAUUAUGUUUUGUGAUUAAAAUAUGUAUUUUAUA